UCUUCAGCUUGUGACCCUUGUGGCUAGCACAUGGGCUUGUUUCACAAGGCACCGUAGGCUCUGCAAAUUGGCCUGAGAACGGCUUGAGCUUUAGGCUGAGUCUACAUUACCUUGUAGAUCCGAUACGACCUGCUGAUAGGCUGAUCCGUGCUCAUUCCCAUUUGCGUCGACAGUCGAGACGCGUUACCUGUGGCUUUCGCCGCCGCGCUGCCCACGUUGACGCAGCUCACUCAUUCUUACUGUGUUCUUCUCAUAUCUCAAAAACCCUAAACCCCUCUACAAGGCCGUCCCCAACUCCUCUGCUUCGAUUUCUGCCAUCCUCGAAACGGAAAUCAUCUCAUCUACAUCCUUGUUUUGUAAAAAGAAACCAUCGAAUCACUUCUUACCCGUAGGUGGUAUUGCGUCGAUCAACGCCUGAUGGAGUCUGUUGGGAGCUGACCCUGUGGUCUGAGUUACACGUUUCUGAAACGAUGGCGGGUUGGUAUAAGCAUCUGCAGGCCGUCCUGCGUCAGAUUUCCAGCCGAAACGUACACAAGUUCCAGGCACCCACCAAUCAUUUUGGUGCAUCUGCAAGAUUUUCCCCUUUACUUGGGCAUCCUUCUUCUCUACAAAGCACAUUAGCUUUUCCGUCUGGGCAGAUCCAGCAGCCAUUUUACUACUAUCUGCAACGCUUGGGAGUUUCCAGUUCACGGCAAUUUCUGGCUGAGGCGUCAGCUGAUGCAAAUAUACAGCCCAUCUCUUCCCCUUUAACACCGCUACUGGGGUCAACUGGGAAGGAGAAAAGUGAUGCUGUGGUUAGCAAACCCAGCAGAGUCCAAGCAGUGCUAAAAGGAAUCAAACAGAGUCCAAAGAAAGUAAAUUUGGUGGCAGCCCUGGUUCGCGGUAUGCGCGUGGAAGAUGCAUUGUUACAGCUGCAAGUGACAGUGAAACGGGCUUCUAAGACUGUCUAUAAGGUUAUACGUUCAGCUCGUGCAAAUGCAACACACAAUCAUGGCCUAGAUUCUGAUCGCCUUCUAGUAGCUGAAGCAUUCGUUGGUAAAGGGUUCUAUAAGAAGAGAACUUCUUAUCAUUCCAAAAUGAGACAUGGAAUUAAAGUGAGACCAGAAUGUAGAUUGACUGUUGUUGUGAGAGAAAUCAGCCCUGAAGAAGAGGCUGAGAUAGCCAGGCUUCGGGUCAGUAAAUUCAGAAAGCUGACAAAGCGUGAGAGACAGCUAGUUCCUCAUAAGCUUAUAGAGACAACACCAAGAUGGCAUCGCAAGCGCAAAGGUGAUGAGCCAGCUGCAGGUGUUACGGCAUGAUCAUGUAGCUUGCUUCUUGCUGUUGGAAAAUAACCAUUUCUUGUUCACUGUGGUCGGUAGUGAUUUUGCUUUUCUUCCCCCCCCCCCCCCCCCCCCCCCCCCCCCUCAAAGAGCCCAUCUGCAAGGCAAUGCUCCAUCGUUUUCCUGCAAAUUUAGUGAGAGAGUAUCAGAAACAUUUUCUUGACAAUCAACCUUUUUUUUUCCAUAGUUGAGCUUGGGUUGGAUAGUCAGUUUAUACCAAAAGUGGCAAGACUAUCAGUUUCUGCCAAGCAUAACGACUGGAAUAUUGAAAUAUUAAACUCUUGCCUUCCUUCAA